AUGGAGAUUCACCUGCAAAUACCGGCGGAGAGAUGGUGCGUCACAAAGUGGGAGUUUUUCCGCUUCAUAGAGGAGGUUCGAAGGCUCUGGAAGCAAGGACUGCUUCCCAAUAGUGCGGAGCUUCCGAACCCCAAGCACCAUCUCCACGCCUACGGCCCCAACCUGUACCAGGUCAACACCCAUUAUGUCAAGCCCGUCACUUUGGCCGCUGGUGGGAUGAGUUAUGCCUUGAUGAAGCACCCCAAAGGAUUGAUAUGUCACGUCUUCGUCUCACACGCGUGGUCGGAAGGAGUCUUCGAACUGGGCAACCAUGUGAGAAGCGCUUGGCCCAGAGGACUUCGCUUAAGGAACAUCUACUGCUGCUUGCUGGCGAACCCACAGAACUUGGACAUCGAGUCCAUGCUGGACUGCCACCCGCUCGAGAGCCCUUUUGCCAAAGCCAUGCAGUGUGCCUCUCAUGUCGUGGUCAGCCCAAACGACACGGUGAGCAUUUACCAGCGACUGUGGUGCGUGUAUGAAAUAUUUUUGGCCACAGAGUGGAAGAAGAUCUGCGUGAUUCCUGCCAAGCCACCAGCGUCUAGACUCUGCAGCAUGAUCAAGUGGACCUGCUUGUUUCCAACGAUCUUGGGCGGGAUGAUAGGGUGCGGUUGGGCAAUAGUCAUUCAAGCCAUGCAACAGCCCCACAGUGUCCAUGCAAGAGUUGCUGACGGAAUUCUUUGCGCGUGCAUCGCUGCCGUGGUGUUCACUUGUUUGAUCGAUGUUGUGAUUCUCACACGUGCCUUUUGGUUGGAGGCUUCCUGCAUCAGGUCGAGCAUGUUCAGAGCGGUACGAAGCGGGCUACAAGUGCUGUCAGCGUUGUGCAUUGCCCCCUGGUUCGUAUUGCCAUGCAGAUCUCCACCCGCGGUGUAUGACAAACUGCUGCAUUAUGGAGUUCCGCUGGCGGUCUGGGGUGCUGCAGCUGCUGCUGCCGUAAGAGAUGCCGUGACAGAGUUGGAAAACGCUGAAAUUCAACGUCAAGCAAGCUUCCUGUCCUUCGAGGGUUUAGAGUUUGCCCGGUGCUCUAGCACCGCGGACGAGUCUCGUAUCCGUGGGGCUAUUGCCGAACGUGAAGAGGAUGUGAUUAUGAGCAUCCAGGUUUUGAAGUCUGCUGGAGCACACAACCACGCGAUUCGUCAAGCGCACACCAGAGGUCUAGACAUCACGGGAUCAGGAAACAAUCACACGGCUGUCAGGCUCGUGUCUGGCAUAAUGCCGUGGUGGGUCAUUUGUCUCGUGGAGGAAAUGGGUGCUGCACAUGUUUGGGAUGUAGCCUGCGCGUGCCCUUCUGACGUGUGGAUCUACACCUUUGCCCUCAUCAUCUUUCUCUCCGCAGGGGGCAUGAUUUGUGGAGCUUUCUUCUGGAUGCGGAAGGGGCCCAUUUGGGUGAACUUAGUGAUCCACACGUGCACCAUCCUCGGCUUUUUCGUUGAUGCAAUGCCCUACGGAGUGGCAGGUGUGCAAGGUUGGCAAGAAUUCCAUCGCCUUCCCGUGUUCCUUCGAAUGGCUCACGCCGAACCGCCAGCAAGUUGUCCAUCUUUCCUCACCUGGUGGUUUGCAGUUCCCAUGAGGCCCUGUGUGGCCUUGCUUGCAUUGGGCUUAGCUUGGCUUGGCCCAGCAGCCAUGCAAAUGUUUCUUCUGAGGCGCCGAAGUCCAAGCAUGCAGGACCUCACAGACUUGGAAAGCAAUGGCAGUUCGCGUUCUGUGCCCUGCUAA